UCAGCUGAGAACAAGUUGGACAGACAGUGUAUUCGACUGUAACGACUCCUCCUCUCAGUUUCAUGUCCCCACGACAUUAUGUGGGAUGGAAAUGAGUAAAGGAUGUCCAUUCAGAGGCAUUGCAGGAAACAAACUUUUUAGCUGCACGGCGGAGUGCCAGAAGAAGUCAUCUAAAAGCAAAAGUGAUCUGCGUGUCGAUAUCUUUUGGCUUACACUUGCUGUCUAUUACACAUAAAGAUGUAGACAGAGGCUAGAACAUCUUCUCACCUGACUCUGCUGUUGGAAGAUGGCCACUGCAGCAGAAGACCCUCACUUGGGUGCAGGCCCCGAUGAGGAGGAUGAGUCUUCUUCAGGGUGGGACUCAGACAGCAUCCUGUCUGACGACUCUGUGCUGCCAGACUACACGCCGGAGACGUCUGAUGGACGAACGGCUGCCACGCUUUAUCAAGCAUGCGCCCGCAAUGACUCUGUCUCUUUACGGAGAGUUCUGGAGAGAGGCGUGACGAGAGAAGAGGUCAUGGACUUGGACAUCAAUAACUGGAAUGGCUUGAUGGUGGCUUGCUGCAAAGGAUUCAUAGACAUUGUUUACGGUCUUAACACUUGCCCCUAUAUAGACAUCAAUCAUCAGGACAAUGAAGGCAACACAGCAUUGAUGAUUGCAUCCCAAGCAGGUCACGUCAACACAGUCAUGUACCUCCUCAAUUAUUAUCCUGGAAUAGACACAGAAAUAAGGGACUGCCGUGGUUUCACAGCCCUCAUCAAAGCUGCAAUGACCGGACGCGAUGAUGUGGUUGCCGCGCUUGUAAUGGCAGGGGCUGACAUCCACGCCACAGACACCACGAAAGGUAAGGGCCUUCAAGACUGGGCGCUAAAAACAGGUCGCUAUGAGACUCUGCAACGUCUGCGCCGCCUCAAACUAAAGCCAAAAGCUGAGCAAUUUUGUGAAAGUUACAUCCCUGAGUGGCCGGAGCUUAAACAGAGGGUUGCAAAGGCCAUGGCGGAAAAAAGCACCCGGGAAAAAAUAACCCAUCACAUCAAAAGCACAUUUGGGUUCAGAUUUCCUCGUGACCCUGAGGACAAUGGUGUUUUGGACCACAUGGUGCGCAUGACCACCAGUAUCCGCAGUCCCCUCGUUUCCACCGGUUGUCGUCCACUCUGCCCAACCAGUCCGCCUGAGAUAGGCAAGAGGCGCCUGGCUGUGCCCGAGCUAAUGAAGAAACACUCUGAGAAAGAACUGGAGGAAAGUUCCGUGUGCCACAGCAACGGCUCCGUGUCACACAUCAUUCCCUCCAUCCAUUCAGCAGAGUCCAUCCCCUCAACCUGCUGCGCCAACACUGAGAGGAGGGGCAGCAUUCUCUCACUGGCCUCAACCAAGGUCGCCUCAAGGUUCAUCCCACGAAGUAUGGCCAGGCGGAACAGUGUGUUCCCCUCGGGAUGUAUCCCCCAGAUCAACAUCAACAGACCCACAGAGCCAACGCCAAAGAAACAAAAGAAAAAGAAGAAAGCGGAGAAAGGCUAUUUGGAACCACCCAUUUGGAGAUAUAAGGAAGCCAAGGAAGAGAGGAAGAAGGAGAAGAGGGAGAAAAAGGAGAAAGAGAAAACUGAGAAAAAAAGAGAACGGGACACCAAGACCAAAAAAUAACAUUGCUAAUCUUCAUAAUUUAUGUUGAAACCACAGUUGUCACUGUUUAAAAUCACACUCAGGGCUUCAAAUAGUUCUGUUUACUGUUAAUCUCAAAUGUGAGCUACACACUGUAUAUGAACAUUGUUCGGAGUCACACGGACAACUUGGAACCUCUGUUUUUGUAUGACCUAAGCCAGCUAGUGCCAAACAAGCAAACAAAUAAAUAAUAAAUAAACAAAAACUAAAAUCAUUAUUUGGAACUGAAUAAUCAAUAAACAAUAUUUCUAGGGAAAUUUUGCUUCAGUUUGUAUAUGAUUCUGUGUUAUUAAGAGUUUUUGUAACAGAUAAUCACAAAUACCGAGGUUCCUCUAUAAGUCAUUUAAAUACUAUCAAUAUUAGAAUGGGUGACCAUUAUUUUUUUGCUUCUUUUUAAGGAUUGGAAUCUGUACAUACACCGCUGGCCAAAGGUAUUGGCACCCUUGCAAUUCUAUCAGAUAAUGCUUAAUUUCUCCCUGAAAAUGAUUGCAAUUACAAAUGCUUUGGUAGGAAAAUUUUUUUAAAAAUAAAUCAUUAUCAUUUU